CCUACCAAACUACCACCCUUCCUCUUCCUCUUCCUCUUUUCCCAUUUAAUGCACUCGCUGCACCUCUUCUCUUCUGUCUCUGUACCUAACCCUUUUCUUGUCGUCAGCAAAACAAUAAUUCCCCGAUCCAUUAUUGUUCAAGUUUUAACUUCCAUUCAUCCUAUGCAAAUCUUUAUCAAAACUCACCAAGAAAAAUGUCAUCUUUCUUCAUUUUCUUGCUCACAUUGCUUUGUUUUUGGCUACUUCUUCAAUGCUCAAAUGCCCACAUUUUCACUCUGGAAAUGCACCACCGAUUCUCUGAACCCAUCAAGAAAUGGUCCCAGAAAACUGGCAAGAACUUCAUGGUCCAAAGCUGGCCUACUAAGGGCAGUGUAGAGUACUAUCAACAGCUGGCUAACCAUGACAGGCUACUAAGGGGCCGGCGUUUAUCAGAAUCUGAUGGACUUCUCACUUUUUCUGACGGCAACUCAACUUUUCGGAUCAGCUCUUUAGGAUUUUUGCAUUAUACUACAGUGACAGUAGGGACACCUGGCAUGAAGUUUAUGGUGGCGUUGGAUACUGGGAGUGACUUAUUUUGGGUGCCUUGUGAAUGUGGGAGAUGUGCAUCUAUUGCUGAUCCACUUCAUAGCCCAGAUUUUGAGCUUAGCAUAUACAACCUAAAUGGGUCAUUGACAAGCAAGACAGUUACUUGCAACAACCAUUUUUGCUCACACCAGGCUGAUUGUCUUGAUACUUCUAGUCGUUGCCCUUACUCUGUAUCCUAUGUCUCAUCUGAAACUUCAACUUCUGGAAUACUAGUGGAGGACAUUAUACACUUGAAAAGUGAAGAUGACCAUGAAGGACAUGUUCAGGCAUACAUAAUUUUUGGUUGUGGACAGGUUCAAACUGGAUCUUUUCUAGAUGUGGCAGCUCCAAAUGGUCUGUUUGGGCUUGGCUUGGAGAAGAUAUCAGUUCCUAGCAUUUUAUCGCAAAAAGGUUAUACAGCUGAUUCUUUCUCUAUGUGUUUUGGCCAUGAUGGCACUGGAAGGAUCAACUUUGGAGAUAAGGGAAGCCUUGAUCAGGAAGAGACUCCAUUCAACGUGAAUCCCUUACACCCAACUUACAAUAUCAGCGUUGUCCAAAUUCGUGUGGGAACUGCUCUCAUUGAUUCAGAAUUUACAGCUCUUUUUGAUUCUGGAACCUCUUUCACGUAUCUUGUUGACCCUGCCUAUUCAAUGAUUUUGGAAAACUUCCAUUUACAAGCACGAGAUAAGCGCCACCUACCUGAUGCAAGGAUCCCAUUUGAGUAUUGUUAUGAUAUGAGUCCUGACGCAAACACUAGUUUGAUUCCUACUAUUAGCUUAACUCUUAAAGGUGGUGGUCAGUAUGUUGUGUAUGAUCCAAUCAUUGUCAUCUCCACUCAGCAUCAACUUAUAUAUUGCCUUGCUGUUGUCAAGAGUCAAGACUUCAAUAUAAUUGGACAAAACUUUAUGACUGGCUACCGUGUAGUCUUCGACCGAGAAAAACUUGUGCUGGGAUGGAAGAAGUUUGACUGUUAUGAUGAUGUUGAGGAAUCAACUGCAUCCAUACCAAGAAACUCAAGCAGUGUGCCGCCAGCUGUUGCUGCUGGUGUAGGAACUAAAUCCACGCCAAGCUCAGAAGAAAAUAGGAGGAGCAACCCUCAGACUUCUUUUGCAUCAUCCCCUGUUCACUGCUUCCAUCUGAUCUACCUGCACCUCCAACUUUUGUUCCUGCUGACUCUAGUAUAGCAGAUGCUGCUCGAUCCUCAGUUCCCUUCUCCAGAGGAGGAGCCUAACUUCAUCCGACUAUUGAGACAGUGUUAGUGUGUUUAGUACAAGAGCCUUUGACAAAGCAUCUUUGCUGUCUGCUUCCAUGGAUUAUCAAACCAUGGCUGCAGUAGAUACAGAGCGAAGAUAGAAUGUAAAUACAGCGAAGAUAGAUUGAUGAUGCCAUUUUUUGGUUGCUUCCUUUGCCGGUGUUUCUUUAAGCUAUUCUUUCAGUAGAAUAGAAGGCCAGUCGUUUGUUUUUGUACAGUGUUGGUGGAUUCAAAUAACGGAGAAUUAUCAUUCAUUGUGUUCCAUGUGUAUGAACGGCUUGCCCUCUCU